UGCGAGAUCCGAUGUUACCCGGAAACUGACUGGAAAUAAGUCUCUUGAUGGAGACUAGAAUACUGAUGGGCUGCGCGCCGCGCGCCUGCAGGGCCGCGGGCUGUUCGACAUCCAGCGCAAGUUCCUGACGGGCAUGCAGCUCGUACGCAUGUUCACCGGCAACGAGUGGCGGUUCCGGACCGAGGGCAUGGCGGACCUGGCGUCGAGGCUGAGCCCCGCCGACAGGGAGAGCUUCUACUUCGACCCGGCCAACUACACGUGGCCCGAGUACUUCGAGCGGUGCGUGCUGGGCGUGCGGGAGCACUACCACAAGGAGACCCUGGACACACUGCCCCGCGCCGCCAAGGAGCUGCGCAUCUGGCGACUGGUGCACUGGUUCAGCCACCUGCUGCUGUUCGUCGUCGUGGCCUGGCCCGCGUCGGCCCUCCUCGGCUGGAUCGCCGGACUCGUCUUCGCCGCCGUCUUCAUGCUGCUCUUCAUCUGGAUUUAAACAGCUGUCCUGCAUUUCGCUUUCGUUGUUUAUUGUUAUGAUAUUUGAGAAUCUGACCUGUAGUUUCUAUGAAACAG